AACUCGCUGAAAAAUGUCGGACUAGGAGCGAAUGAUUACAUCGUCAUCAAGGGCCGUCCAUGCAAGGUGGUUGAGGCCUCGACUUCCUCGACUGGCAAGCGCGGUCAUGCCAUAUGUAAAUUUGUUGGCAUUGAUAUCUUCACUUCUAGGAAGCUCGAAGACAUUGUUCCUUCUUCCCACAACUGUGAUGUUCCACAUGUGAACCAUACUGACUACGAGUUAAUUGAUAUCUCUGAAGAUGGCUUUGUCAGCCUUCUCACUGACAAUGGUAGCACCAAGGAUGAUGUCAAGCUCCCAACAAAUGAAGCUCUGCUCACACAGCUCAAGGAUGGAUUUGCAGAGGGGAAGGAUAUUGUCGUCUCUUUCAUGUCUGCAAUGGGAGAGGAGCAGUUGUAUUCCAUGAAGGAAGUUUGAAGAAAUCGGUGACAUAGCUCCCUUUCUUCCCUUCUUUAAAUUAUGUUUGUUUUCUCAAUUUUCUAAGUUAAAAUCUUUGAUCUCUAAUUUAACCCUACUGAACUAUAUAUGACUUGAAAAAGUCAAUUCUUGUUAUAUUUUCUAGCUUUUUAAGUUGAAUACCCUUAAGCAAAUAGAAAAUAAAAAUAUAAAGUAAAAGCAUUUCUGCUCUGUUUCUCCUUAA